CCUUCUGUAUCGCGUGAACUGCUUUAAAAUCUGGGUCACAUUCUACAUUGUGAAGUUAUCGCUAAGAUCCUCUCUGUAACGAGACAUUUUAGUUUUAUUUGUGGCUACCAACGGACGACAUCCACAUUGAGGGCACAGUUCGACGUCGUCGUGAACGUCAACGGUCACCUAGCUACAUCGCCGUCAACAGUUAUUCGCCAUCCCAAAACGUAACGGGAUCUCCUGACGUCCAUUUUGUUUUGGGUUAAAUAAUCGAAAAUGCCGAAAGGACAUUACGUGAACAACGCAAUGAACCGCAGUCUUGGACGGGUUGGAAUGGAUCGAGGAUCGGCAGUCCACUCUACAAGUGGAUCCUCCAGCGGUGGUGGUGGUGGUAGCAGCUACUCCUCUGGCAUUUCAUCAUCAACGUACGUAGACAACUCUAUGAACCGCAGCCUUGGACGGGUUGGAAUGGAACACGGGACGGCAGUCCACUCUAGAAGUGGGUCCUCCAGUGGUGGUAGAAGCUACUCCUCUGGAGUUUCAUCUUCAACAUACGUCGACAACGCAAUGAACCGCAGCCUUGGACGGGUUGGAAUGGAACACGGGACGGCAGUCCACUCUAGAAGUGGGUCCUCUGGAUCGUCGUCAAAGACGUACGUCGACAAUGCCUACAACCAAAGGUUAGGUCGAGUAGGACAGGAACUUGGUACAGCCGUUGUGUCUAAGUCUGGGAGCGGCAGCGGUCUUAAUGCGAAAUUCGACCAGAUGGCUUUGUCUUCAUCCAAGGUCUACAAGGACAACUCGCUGAACAGGAAAUUGAACCGGGUUGGGAAACCUUUUGGAACCGGCUCAAAAUCGGGUGAAAAGCGAGGGACCGGAAAAGUGUACGUCGAUAACGCCUUCAACCGAAAGCACGACCGUGUGGGGAAACCGCUGGGCACGGUACCGAUCUCCAGAAAAGACGAGAAAUACCGGGAUACGGAGCUGAACCGGCAGUUGGGUAGAGUUGACAAGCCGUGGGGGACCUGUCCCAACCCGAGACGAGCGAAGAAGGACAAAAUAACCAAGCUCAUCGAUGAUCUAGUAGCCUACCUUGAACAAAAGCAACAACAAUCCUACGACUUCCCGUUCGAUGACUACAGCGUCGAUGGUGAAGAAGUGAACGAAGCCACGGACUACGCUGUAAACUACACUAACCGCCAGAGAGAGUUGUCUCGCUGGCAGGAAGAGACGGGCUCCACCCAACCGCCGAGGACAGAUCUUGAACACGUGGACGUCGGCAGAGACUACAUCAUCAACUACGACGAGCUGGAGAUCGGAGAACAGAUAGGAAGUGGGUCAUUCGGUGACGUCUUCUUCGCCAGGUGGAGGGGCACGAUUGUGGCGGUGAAGAAGCUGCACAUGCAGAACGUUUCCAGGCGCCGUCUGGAGGACUUCAUCAAGGAGGUCCGCCUCGUCAGUGAUCUGAGACACGACAACAUCGUCGCCUUCAUAGGGGCGUGCGUUCAAACCCCCAACCUGUGCAUCGUUAUGGAGUUCAUGAAUAUGAGUCUGUUUGAUGCUCUCCAUAAGCAGCAGAUGGCGUUCAACGACAAGGAGAAGAUACGCAUGCUCAGACACGCGUGCGCGGGUCUAACCUACCUGCACGAGAAACGCGUGGCUCACUGCGACAUCAAGUCCCAGAACGUGUUGCUCGACAUCCCCCUGGAAGAAGAAGACAAGGAGAAGGACUACAGGAUGGUCACAGCCAAGAUCACCGACUUCGGCCUGAGCAUGAUGAAGGCGGAGACCGGGACAUCCAUGUCCAUGCAGGACGCGACGUUCAGAAACCGAGGCACGCCCCGCUACUCCGCGCCGGAAGUCCUCCGUGGGGAGAUGCUCGAUUCGUCGCAGUACAUGAUGGCAGACGUCUACUCCGUGGGGCUGCUGAUGCUGGAGCUUACCGUGGAGGAGGAACCCUUCUACGGGCUGAACGAACUGCAGCUGCGCAGACAGGUCGGAGAGGGUGGUAUGCUGCCCGCCGUUCCAGACGACAUCACGCUCUCCGGGGAGUUCCUGGACGUGCUGAAUCGUUGCUGGAAGUUUCACCCCACCGCGAGACCGUCUGCAAGAGAGCUUCUAGGGAAUAUGAACGAAUUGCAGAGAUUAAUCAAGGUGGAUUGAAUCGAGACCGAGAUUGUUACCGACUGUAAAUGUUAAAAUUAUAUGCUUGGCAUCGUAAAUUUCUUUUUUUUUAAAUGUUAGACCUAUUAUUAGUUUUAGCCCUCAUUAAAGGGACAUUCCUGACUUUUAAUCAAAUUUUAAUAUGUUAUUG